AUAAUGGAGACCGGUGGACGUGCGCGCGUAACGCCCUCAACAACCUGUCAUUUCCUGCGAAUCCCAAAAGGUACGGGUGUAUUGUUCUACACCGGUUCCAAAUCUCUGCCAAGGUCCUGACAACCGUGAGCAGAAAUCCGCCUGAUCAUAUAUCGCCUCCUCCUCCUUGGGCCCGGGAACACCUUGCUAUGGAUAAACCCAUCAUACGACAAUCCAGACACACACGAGGAGGACGAUGAGAAUGCAUGGGUGGACGAGAAUCCUUGGGUAGAUGAUGUGGACGUCGACGAUAUGCUUCCAUCUUCCGACGACGGUGUGCAGUGGCUCGAGGAUAUGAUCUUGCACGGCCAAGCCCCGGAGCACUUUCUUUCUCGGAAGCCCAGCCAAUCCUCCUCCCAUCCCUCUAUAGACAAGGAUCCAGAAUUUCACGGGGCAAUUCUACGAACAAACCGCCAGAUUUACUCGGAAGCUUCCUCUCUUCUCUAUACGGAAUGCACCUUGGUGGUGGAGCCUGGCGAUAUAUUCUGCUUGGGAGAGAGGGUGACCGGACCCCGAAGAUUUGGAGUCCCGAGUGAACGAGUUUGGAGACACAACCCCCUCCAUGGACUCGGCACGACGGGGGAGAAUGGGGUAGUCACCUACGAUACGCCUCCAAUGCGCGGGAAGCUGGACCCUCACGUUUUUGCUCGUUUCCAGAAGAUCAGUUUCGACGCGAGUUUCGGAUACGACCAUACACAAUUCAUGGAGAUUUGGAUGCGCGACGACAAUACCGUCAAUCCCUCCGACGCUGUCUCGUUGAAGGACGCCUUCCGCGAAUCCCCAGUUAUUCAGAAUUUCGUAAAACUUAUGUCCUGCUUGCCGAAGAUCGUCAGUCUCGAGAUCGAGUUGGAGGUGGAGAUUAUGUGCAAUUGUAACGCGAUGGCGCAGAUGCCCGACGAUAGCGAUGAUGAAUCAGAAGAGUUAGAAGAGCAAGUGGACAAGAUAAUGGAUGUUGCGAACGAGAGAGCGACGGAACUUUUCCUUGAUAGCAACACCUGCGAGCCAUUGCUGCAGCUCACAAACGUCAGCCAAUUUGACUUCAAAUUCGGAUUUGAUCACCGCGAAGAGAAUGAGCGUUAUACGCCUUUGCCGAGACAUCUGAAGCUGUUCAGCGAUAUGAAGAAGGUGAUCGAGGGCAAUUUCACGGAAAAAAUGGCAUCUUUGGUUUGAUUUGGGAUUGGUAUAUGCUUGGCAAAAGUUGUAACGUUAUGCUCAGAGACUUCGGUUGGAUGGAAUGAGGAAAAGGGGUGAGUGACCAUCGACCAGCUUAAUCUACAUGCCAGACAGCCAAUAAUUAGACCCAUUAAUUCAAGCUUCCAAGGGU